AUUAAUCGUCACAAAACAGUUUUUAUAACAAUAUUCUUGUACUUUGUCGAACACUACCUAAAUGAUGAUAGGCUUAUUUGGACAGACAUGCCUGAGGUUCCAAAAAAUGAGUAAUUUUUAUUUAAGAAACUUCGUAUCUUGCGAUGAUAAUUGAAACCCAGUCAACAAAAAAUCUGGUACCCUUAUAUAAGAAGGGAGAAACAGAAUCAACUGCUACUAUGAAAAAAUUUCUUGACGAAGGAAAAUUGGUGCAUAUAGAAAAACGUCAUUACUUUGAAAGGAUGUUUGCAAUUAUAAGUUUCAGCAACAUUGUGUUAUUUAAUGUUAAGAUAAUAGGAGAGAAAAAUUAUCUGUGUUCUACAGAUAAUCUGUUUAUGCAAUUUCUGUCAUUUGGACUAAGAAAAAAUUUCCCCUUAAAAACACAAUUUGAUCAAAUUUUGAGAAGAUGCCUUGAAGCAGGAUUACAAGAAAAAUUUGUUUCUGAUGAGGUACUCCGUCACAGCAAUGAAAGACAGUCGUUGUUCGUAGAACCUGAUGAUUUUCGUCCUUUAACAUUAAAUGAUUUGUUUGGAUCAUUCGUAAUACUAAUAAUUGGACAUACAAUUUCAACAAUUAUAUUUAUCUUGGAAAUUAUCGUUAAACAAAUAACUUCUUACUCUUUCAAAUAA